AGCACAGUGAAGGUGCGACCAUGGAGCUCUCGCGCCCCUCUCCUCGUCCGACGCUGCCCGGACUCGGAGCCGACAGCCGCGCGUCUACAGCAACGCUAGUCUUACCCAAGAUGGACCACCGAAUGGCAUUUAUCCAAGGACUCAACACUUUGUAACUGCCACUGCGCGACUGUCUUGCGAAAGUUUCGCGGAAGUCAUCUACAGUUGCAGAUAUGCUCUCCCCGUUACUUCGGAGUCAUUCGUCCAAGAGGCGGAAGCUGUAGGACUGCACUUUGUAUCACGUGGUUGCACCACGUCAUCGGGUGCUGAAAAUUCACGAGAGCAAACGUUCCACCACGAGAGUGUCGGUACGCUUUCGGUCUGUGGUCCAGGGGCCACUAACUCGUGUGACUUUGACUGUGACGGCGUGUGAACGGACAGACUCGGUCGCGUCCGUCCCGCACGACGGUGCUCCUGCUCGUUGGCUGAGCGUUGCCACCACUGGAUAUCGCUCAGAGCUUAGUUUCGGUGUUUUCACACAGGAAGUUCCGUGAGAGUGCUCGUACUGAACUUUUUCAACGUUUUCUGCAAUCUGUGAUAUCCGUUACCUGACUGAACUGUUCAGAGCACUACACGACUCAACAGCUGAUAAACAGCGAAGUGACCGUCAAAACCUUCGAAAGUGAUAAGAGGUGCUUCAGGAAGGCGUACAAGAAGCCGCAUAGUGCUUUUCGAGGCCGGCCCCUUGCGUUCCUGACCAGGAGAGGCCAUGGAGCUGCACGUUGACCCGGAGCUUCCCGCUGUAAUUCCGCACGUCGGUUCACUUGGAACCAACCUCACUGCCCAGAACCAAGCUCCAUCUUUCCCUAACUCCAUCCUAGUGGAUGAGUCAUCCGGUACCUUGCGCUUUGUGCCGUCUGCAGAAGCCGACGCCGCCGCUUCCGCAUCUAUAGGUGGUGUAGAGGGUGGCCAGUCGACGUCGCCCACCUACAUCAGUCUCGAAGUGCACUACACCCUGAUUCUCAUCAUCAUGGUGUCGAGCGUCGCCGUCAACGGCCUCGUGUUCGUCCUCUUCUACCAGCGCCCGUCGGUGCGCAUGACGUCCAACAAGUUCGUCCUGAAUAUGGCGAUAGUGCACCUACUUCAGACUUUCAUCGUGCUGCCGUUCGUGUUCGUCUCAAUCAUGUUCCAAGAGUGGAUUUUCGGCGACGUUUGGUGCAAGAUACAUGGCACAGUGUCCGUGUGCCUAACCAUGGCCAAUGUCUUCUCUAUCCUGCUCAUAGCCGUCGAUCGGAACUGCGCCGUCAAUAGCCCAUUGCACUACUCAAUGACCAUCACCAAGAAGCGCACGAGUGGGCUCAUCGUCUCAACGUGGGUCUUCGCAGUACUCCUUUCGCUGCCACCACUCGUAGGAGUCUCCGAUAUCCAGUACCAAGAAAGCUGGGCCAUGUGUACUGUCACGUGGUAUGACACCGGUCUGCUUACCAUAUCUUAUUCAUGUGUCAUUUGCGUCGUGGGCUUCCUGCUGCCUUUCGUCCGGAUCACGUGGAUCUACGCGUCCAUGUUUCGCGCAGCUCGACGCAACAGCGCUCGCGCCCGGCUCCACAACAUAAACACCAGUAGCAAUGAGAUGAGUCCGCCCUCGUCGGCGGGGCUGGACGGCGGAGGCCACCCACCUCUCUAUGUGCACAGGCGGGCGGCCUGGUCCAAACGAACGUCAUCGCUGAGCCAGGCGUCUUCACUGUUUGGCGACGAGUGGAAAGCCGUGCGCACGGGAGUCCUGGUUGUGGUCUCUUUCACGGCUUGCUUCCUUCCAUUCUUCUCCAUGACCUUGGUGGAGCCACAUGCGCGAACACGUAAGACCGCGCUGAGGAAUCUGCCAGCCAUCUCGAUGUUAUUCCUCUUCUGUUCCUCGCUCAUCAGUCCGUAUCUGUACGUAAUCAGAAACAAGGCGAUGCGCAAACAUGUCCGCAAGAUGUUCACCUGCUUAAAGCGCAAGCCAAGCUUCUUCUCUCCACGUGGCUACCACUACAGUCACCAGAGUCCUCCGCAGGAGAGAAAGUGCUCCGAAGACAUCAGGGUGCCCGGAAGCACAGUCUCUCUGCGUUCUGGCGGCAGCGUCGACUACCAGAGGCCCUUGGUGACUCACUCCCUCUACCAGAACAAGUCGGGCGACUGGAGGAUCGUCAGCGUCACAACUGACCCAAGGCGACCCCCUUCUCGCCGGUCGUCCCUUAUCUUGCAGCAGCCACUGUGUGUGGAUGAUAUGGCACAACAGCAGCAACAGCAGCUCCAGCAAGAGCAGUCCUACUACCAGCACAAAUGCGGACCCGGGCUACGCGGCGCCGCCAUUAGGAACGGCUUCUACAGACGGGCUUCCCUUGACAGCUCCAAGAUCCUGUGCGCGCGAUAUCCUAGCACGCUCGAGAGGGAUCCCGAAAUCACAUCAGUGAAGUCCUCCAGUGGCUCAGGCGGCGAUCGUAGCAUGUCCUUCCGCAUUCGAGGUCGCUUCGCCAACCGAGAAGAGUCGACCGAAACGUGCGACACGUCGUGCAACAGCAGCUACAGUCAGGAGGAAUGGGGUCGACACUUCAUUGACUCCUCGCAGCAUAGGAGAACAAGCAAUGCUAGACGCGAGUCACAGAGUAGCGUAUCUGCUAUAGUCGAAAGUGUCGAAGUAUACCCAGCACCUCCUGCUUCUGCCAGCAUCGCGCAGGUACACCACUACGGCAGCACAUCCUCUGCGUCUGCUGCUUCAACAGCGGCUGGAUACCCUUGCCGACCGGUGCUGAAACGUGGCCGGUCCUUCGCCUUUGACGAGCACGAAAUGAGUGUGGCCUUUCCUCCGCAAAGGAUUUCCCAGUCCGGGGGACUCAGGAAGUCCCGCUUUGCCGUGGCGAGGAACUCUCCAAAGCAUGGCUCCAGCGACACCACUACUACCACACUGGAAUCCUUGACGUCGACGGAGUCUCAAGACCUUCCCAUCAUCGCGUCUCCACGCGCCAUGUCACCCACGUUCAACACACCAUACCACUAUCCGCCCACGCCAUUCAUGCACCCGCAUCUUCACUCAACGGCCCAGGGUUAUGGUUCAGCACCUCUCCCCUGCGGAAUAGCCCUUCAGCAGCAGCAGCAGCAGCACACCCAGUUGCCCACCGAGUGUCAGGAUCGAAGGGACUCUGGCUUUGAGGACACUAUGUUGGGGAGGUGUGACAUCUGUGAAACAAUUGUGAACGAAAGUGGCUCUAUCAAGGCAGUGAAGUUUAUAGAGCAUGUAUAGUUACUAUACAAAGGAGACUUCUGUUUAGGACGCCGAAUUUUGGAGACUGCUCUACGGGACUGAGACUAAGGCAAACCUCAUUUUAUAGAUGGAAUGUUGAGCUGGCGUCUGGUCACUAUCGCCUACGCAAGUGACAUGACCGUCUAUGCGCUGUGAAUGCAUAGCCACACAUUUCAGACCAACCGAAUUUAUGUUCCGGUGAAGUGGUAGCUGCACAUCAGGUGUCAAAUUGUACUUGUUUGCGGGGAUCACCAAUCACCGCCGUCGAGAAGCUCACAAUUAAAUACACAAAUGGCUAUAUACGUUCUCGUAAAUCAGAUAAUAAUUAUCUACCCGUUCAAGGCAACGAGUUAAUUUUUCCCAUACUCUCAAGAUUUCUCAUAUUGAGCAGAGCAGAACGCGCAAAAUUCUAAAAGCCGGAUAUUAUUAUCAGCAGUUCGCACGUGACGGUAGGGAAUUUGCAUCUGCUAUCUAGACGUCCAGCAAAAGGUUAUGACAUAUUCAGGGCUGCAAAGAACGGAUAUGCCUACUAUAUUCAUAAGCUUAAUUUCGCUUCAUAUCAUGGCACAAACAAUCGCCAUGCGAGAGUGGUUUUGAAAAACUGUAACACAACUAAUGAAAAGAUACAAAGAAUGGAGUUACCUGUGUUGUGGCUGUGUGUGCGGGACUUCGACAACUUGGCACUAAUCCAUCGGACAGAUCUGCAAGCCCGAAGAACACCUGUGUGACUGCGGGACAUUUUUUUCACCUUAUCGUGAGUGUUAUAGUGCUGUGUGUAAAUAUUGAUUGUGUUGGUACGGAAGUCAAGCAGAAAAUCAGAGAAAGUUCACUUGGUCUGUUACAAUCUCGUGAUGCAUUUCAAGAGAUGAUCGUGCCUAAAGCGCCCAGUGUAAAAUGAUACGCUGAUAAUAUUUGUUCAUAUUUUGUGAAUCUGUGUUACAAAGUUUAUGAAUGUUGUAGGGAACGCAGACCCUGAUGGAAAUUGUUUCUUACAAUCACUAGCAUAAUCAGCCAUAACUCAUGGUAUAUAACAACGUGGCGUGAUAUUUUAACGCUGCUACAAUGCUAAUGUUGCAGUGUGUACGCGUACUAAACGACAAGUUGUUGUCGAUGAACCCUUAUAGUGCAUGGAACAAUUACAUAUUUUUGCCGGAUUUUUAACUUGAUUUUAUAAUUCAGCUCAACUCGUGAUGAUCAAGAGUCCUUGUUUUACUUUGCAUUUAAAAUCCCAUUUUGCAAGUAAUCGAUGACGUACAAACUAGCCACUGCAUAUUUAAAAGAGUAUUUUUUUUUCAUUUCAAACGAAAGGGUAUACCUGAGGUUUUGCGUAUAACACCUGUUAUUUUACAGUUGCAUUGAGGCGCACAAGUAUUUUUAAUGUACGCUACAGGGCACAUGCCAAACACUUGAAAACUGUACCAUGAUCACCAUAAACGCUUAUUUGUGCCAAUGAUCGAAUCUGAGAGGGAAAUACCUCAAUAAAAUAAUUUUAAAUCAUUUUGUUAGAACAACUAGCAUGAUGAGAAGGGGAGAAGGAGGAGUACGGUGAACUUUACAAAAAUUCUGGUUAUAACUAAUAAUUAGGUGGAGAGUGUCCUACGCGGCACUCUUUUUUUCUGUUAGUAUAGUUGCUGAAACAUUGAACUUUUACUUCUGCUUAAAGUGGAACCAGAACUGAGCCUCUCGUGCCGACCUGUGUUAUGCAAGGUGUAUAUUGGUGAACCUGUCGAUAUGAUAGAAGAGAAUGCGUUGAAGGACAACAGGGUGACAACAAACAAGUCUCUUUAAAGCUUAGCUAUGUGUGGCUCUUUUGUCCGCGUGUGGGUUUUGCCUGUAAUCAAACGGUAAACGCCAACUAACUGUGAGAGUGGCGUUACGCCAAACGGAACUUUCGUCUUUCGUAGCAUUCCACUGCAACUCGCUUGAGCCACAUUGUUUUCUAGCACCUGUGAUUGUACAUAAAUCGAAACAGCGUGUAAUGCUUUCACUCGAUAAACUGUUACUAGGUGUACUCUCACCACGCUUGUGCGCGACGUGAUUUUAUGUCUGUGCGAUUUAAGAUAAUUUUUUUCUUCUAUCAAUUAAGUUUUGUAAAAACGUUUAUCCGUUGUUUGUCUUGCUUGUGCUGUCAUCUGUAUUCAACACUUUGUCCCUCUUCAGUAGUGCAGCUAACAAAUGUGUACGUUUUUGCCACGUAGACGUUUGUAUGUUGUGGUGGUUGAAGUGCCGGUGUCCCUUGGUUUUGUGUGUGCGUUUUCCGUGAAAUAGCCGAUUGCACAUAUUUAUUGGAUAGUCAAUAGCCCCAAUACGUUAUUUCGUGCUGUCACAAGGCGACUCAUGCGCGGUAUUAGAAAUGUAACUCGCAAAUAGUGCCGAUCUGUUGGCUUCCGAAUUUCAUAAUCAUUACCGAAUUUCUUAUGUUACUACGACGAAAGCUAGAAGGCCUAUAUUUUAAAGAAAAGUGGUGGCCCAUUACGUGGAAAUAUAAUGAGAGAGAAAUAAACCUCUAGGACGAUGUUGAAUACUCGCCUGACAAAUGGUUGCAAAAUCUAUUAAGAUUUGUACCCGGCGUUUUAAAUUGUAAACCUAAACUGCAAACUGUAAAUUCUGUAAACUUCUAAGUCUCCCUAUUUCUAGCACCAAAACAAGAAAGGAAAAGUACAGAUCUGCCUAAUGAAAUAGCUAAAGUCUGAAUAGCUGCCUGAAAAAAAUUGAUUUGAAGAACGUUAGCGAUGCUGACUAGUAAUGGAAACAUGCUUGAAAACUUAAACUUGCAGUACACGAGUUUAACGCCCUGUUAUAGGAAAUGUUCCAAACGUGGCUCUAAUCAAACUGCAGAAAAAAGUGUCCCAGAAACUGAACACCCGGGUGUAGUUGUAGUUUCUUGCUACAGUACAUCGAGGCGAGGCUCUUGCCACACUAUCAACAUAUUUACGGCAGGGACGUCACCAACGAGCACAAGUGCAGAUGCGACUAUGGUUGAACUGAAUGUUUCAAUUUGGGCCAUCUGCCUUGCACUAUUUAGCGCGUGAGGCUGCUGCUCUACAAAGAAGGGGCCAAAUUUGCCACUCACUGCCGCAAUGUUCUCGAGCUUUAGCUGUUCGUUCCUUUCACUGUUUAGAUGUUGUUCACCAAGAUAACCUCCGUUAUCUCUGUAAAACGCACAUCGUUCUUGUCUUGUUUCGUCUAGCACACGUGAUUGAUAGGCACAGAGCGACGUACACGUCCAAGAUUGUCUAUAGUUGAAAGGAUGAAAGACCCAAGAGAGAGACCGCGUGAUCCAACAUCACUCGUUUAUUUCUGCACACACAGAGAAUUUAUGGCUCGGUGACUUCCAGCAAGCGGCGAGUUACAUUAUGAAGGCCAUGGUGGGAGCCAGUUUUUCAAACGGAAAACAAUGGAUACAUUGUCACUGGUAACAAGAAUAGUAGCUAUUUUGUUGCUGUUUUGGGUGUUCCAAUGCAAAACAAAAAAUCUAUAAAACUGAAGCACCCCAUGAGUAGUUUUUUCAUUUCUAUCCUAAAUAUAAUUGUUAUUGGCGAUUUAUUCUUUAAGCUGGCGGCAUACAAAGGUACGUGUAUAUUAUUUCUUUUUACACUUAGAAACCUCUGCUUUACCUCGGUUAUUACCGCAAGUUCAUAUAUGAGCGCCGUUAGCACAUGAACACGGCAGCUCCCUAUUGCCUGGUAAUGAUAUUCAGAACAGCGUUUUUGGAGCAAGAUAUUAUACGGAGCGUGUUUACAAAUGUCACUUUGACCUGACUGUUGUAUUUACAACAUUUUAUUUCUAUUCUCUUGAGAAUAGUAUUUUGACAAUCGAAUCAAGGUACCAGUAUGAAGAAAGGAGAUAUUUACAAGAAAUAUAUUUAUAGAAAGCUGUCAAAAAUUGUAAAGGCAUUGAUAAGAACUGUAUUCAUGCCUUCCCUAAAAGAGGUUGACUUGAUGCAUCGUUAUGAAGAAGUGAAACACGUGUGCAUUCCCUUGACUGCUCCCUCAAUAAUUAGGCUGAGUCACUCGUGUGCCCGUUGUGUUCUUUGUUUUUCUUUGAGUUACUUUGGAUGUGCUCGCUUAGAAACUGCGUAAGCAGUGCGAGCUGCUUUUGGUAUUUAGCUAUCUUGAAUGUCAAUGUCUGUGUCAUUUCUUCCCCGAUAAGUAUCUUUUUUCCGGAACCUGAAUUGAUUAUUGCGGAGUCGUUUCGUACAAGACGCGUGUGGUUUUUUUUUUUCUUUUGCGUGCUGGACUGGGAAUGGUUUCACGACAGAUGGUGCCAGUUGAAUAUUUACAGUUUAUACACAUGCCACGUGUUUUUUGAAGUUUU